CACUAAACCCAACGUCUAUAAAGAGACCAGAAACCAGUGGCGGUUUCAUUCUUCUCUGUUUUCACCCACGGACGGCAGGAAGGGAUCAGCUGCUGGGAAGAUGGCCGAUAAGAAGAUGUCGCUGAGCCGCAAAAAUCAUCUCAAGAGUCUGCUGCUCCAGAUCGGAAAGGAAAUGCUGGAGGAGGAGGCUCGGGAGGCCGAGGAGGAGAAACUGAAGUACAUGGAGGAGAACUGUCCCGUCCUCUCCUUCCCACAAUGCACUCUGGAGCUGCAGGGGCUGUGUCGACAACUUCACAAGCAGAUCGAGCUGGUGGACGAGGAACGAUACGACAUGGAGGCGAAAGUGAAGAAAUGCAACAAGGAGAUCGACGACCUGAAGAUGAAGGUCCAGGAUCUUAACGGCAGGUUUAAGAAGCCCACGCUGAGGAGAGUGAGGAUGUCGGCUGACGCCAUGCUGGCUGCCCUGCUGGGCUCCAAACAUAAAGUGUCCUUAGACCUCAGAGCCAACCUGAAGCAGGUGAAGAAGGAGCUGAAAGAGGAGGAGAAGCAGACAGGCGACUGGAGGAAGAACAUCGAAGAUAAAGCUGGGAUGGACGGCAGGAAGAAGAUGUUUGAGACAGAGGCUUGAAUAAAAUGGAGUUGAUGACAUGAUUAAAUGUGUUUG